GUGUAUACCAUAAAAUAUUCUGGUAGUUAAAUACUAACUACUAACUAGUUCUUAAUGGAAUAUACACAUAAUAUAAUAUACACCUCUGUACGCGUAGUAUAUUAUAUGGUAAUGUAAUUGGUGAGAUUUAUCCGUGUUAAACAUGAGUUUAUCUAAAGGAAACAUACGAAGAAAUAGACCCCAAAAACACCAAAAUAGAACUGCAUUUAAAAAUGAUUUACACGAUACAAGUAAAAAGACAAAAAUAUUAAAUUCGAUGCAAGUGUCAGGUGUUUGUAUACGCUGUAGAGAAAUUAUUGAAUGGAAAAUUAAAUAUAAGAAAUACAAACCUCUGACUACCCCAAAGAAAUGUGUGGGUUGUGAUCAAAAGGCAGUCAAACACGCUUACCAUAUAUUUUGUAACAAAUGUGCAAGUGAAAAAAAUGUAUGCGCAAAAUGUUGUAAACCUAUAGACAUUGCUGAUUCUGAAGGAGCCAAGCAAGACCCCAAUGAUACUGAACUACAAGCUCUAUUGAAAACCCUUUCUGAGAGAAAAAGAAGAACCGUCUUGAGAUACAUGAAAAAACAAGAUGGUGAACAAUCAAAAUCAGAUAUUGAAAAAAUUAUUACAGACAUGUCUACAUUUGAUUUAGAUGAUUCAUCUCUUGAUGGAUUUUCUAGUGAUGAAAACUCUGAACGGGAACCUUAGAUCUUUAAAGAAUUUAUGUGAAUAGUUUACAUGUUUCUGAUGCAAGUCUUAUUUUUGAGGAUUAUUAGAGUGAUGAAUCAGAAUAUUUUAUAUUUUUUUAUUUGUAUCCAAAAAUCUUGAAAUUGUAAACAAUUUUGAAAAGUUUCAGAUUCAAGAAAAUGUAAGCAAUGUUACCUACAUUACUGCUAGAAAUUAAUUAAAGUUUAGUUUGUAAAUAAUUCAUGUAAUAAAAAAGGUUCUGACAUCCUC